ACUAAACUACAUAAACAGAACAUAAUGGCGAAGUAGAAAGUGAGCAAAUAGAACAGAAAGUGUGUGGGAUACAGGAAGAAAUUUGUUGCAGGCUGACGCAUUAUUUACUGUUCCCAUCAAAAAUAUUUGGUAAAGAUACAAUGUAUCUUGAUAUAUUAGGAGAAAAGUUAUGCUCAUUUUAAACGUAUCCUUACUUUUGAUUUCUCUCUGUCAAGGUUUUUCAAGAAGUGCUAGCCUUCAUAAUCAUAGAGGUGCAGGAGCGUUCAACCAUGGUGUAGAUGAUUAUGAAAAUGAUGACUAUGGGACACGUGAAGAUGCUUUACUUCAAGUCAUUGAUGCAAUACAGGAAGAAGAAGAAAACAGAUAUAGAAAACGUCAAGUACCAAGAGUAAAACGAUACAGAAUUUAUAAUGACGAUGGUGACGAAGAUGAAGAUGAUGGUUAUGAUGAAUAUGAUCAGGAGGAUUUCAAAUAUGCCCUAAAAAGCGCUUUUGAAAAUGCUAAGCAUGAUUACAUACACCAGCAUCAUAAGAAGAAAAAGAAAGAAUUAGUACAUCAUACAAAACACCAUGUCAAGAAGGCUUUGCAUUAUUUACACCAUAAUGAUAAUGAAAAUAAAAAAAUGAUUGUUGCUAGAAAAAAAGACAGUCUGUUAAACAAAAGGAAAAUUGAGAAUGAUGUUCCAGAAUAUGUUAAGCAACCUGUCAAGAAAGAUGUUGAUAAUGAUCAAAUAGCAAGUAUUAAAGUUGAUGAUUCUGUUGAAAAGCGGCAAAAACUUAUUAAUGAUAUUGAUGCAAAGGAGGUGUUUUAUGAGCCCAAUGUCAAUGUAUCAAAAAAUGCUACAAAAAGUCCAUCUCAUGCUCAUGUGAAAGGUAGCAAAGUAACUUCUAACAAACUGAACAAAGAUGGUCUUGAUCAUGUUUCAUUUAUAGCUGUUAUUGCUGGUUGCUGUGUAGCAGGACUUGCAGGGAUAAUACUUGCUGGAUACUGCUGGUUCAAACUUCGUCAAGAAACAAAAGAAAAGAAUGUGUUACCAGAAACUGGCAAAAUAAAUUCGCCAAAUGGGAAAAAGGGUAAAACAAACGAUGACAAAAUGGUCCAAAGUGCGGAGGUAUUUCAUUAUCAACACGCUAAAAAACAAAUGCAACAAAUGGAACCAACCGAUGUGGCGGAGAAAUACCACAUGGAGGGUAGUUCUGACGAAGAAGAAGAAGACGAAGAUACUGUGUAUGAAUGUCCUGGUCUUGCUGCUCCUGGUGAUAUGAAGAUUGUUAACCCAUUGUUCAGUGAUGCAGAAAGUCACCAUAGCGACAAGCAGAGCGACAAUCAAAGUCAAGGGGACACUCCAACGGAAGACGAGCCGAAGCUUCAUCCGAAAUAGUUUGUGAAAUAAAUUAUUCUCAAAGUAGACAUGAUUUUGGGUUAUUUUUUUGGUGUAGAAUUUCAUUUUGGUUUUUCUAUAUAAAUAUAUAUAAAUAUAAUAUACAUAUUUUGUUUAUAAUACACUUAGUGUUUGUCUAUUUUUUUCAUCGUAUAUUUUAUACAAGACCGUAUAUAGUGAAAUGAGUGGUGAUUUUUUCUUCCUCUGAUAACUAUGGUGAAAAUUAAAUGCGCUCGAUUGGGAUGAUCUAUCUUUGCUUAUGAAGAUUUAUUUUUCUUUUAUAUACUUCACACUGAAGUUAUGAUUAACUUUCAAACCAUCCAGCACGCAGUUCUAUAAUAUGUAUUAUUUAAAUUAGGUUGAAAAAAAACCCAUGAAUAUAUGUCGGUUGGAGAA